AUGCAGCUUUUGAAGGACCCUCUUGGUGACCGCAGGGUUAAGGCGGUCAGCCCUCCGCCCCACCGGCCCCUGCUCCCCAAACUGUUCUUCAAGGAGGAAGGCAUCCCCAACUGGAAGCUGCUUAAGGACCACCUCUACAAGGAAGGCAGGGUCUGUAAAACAGAGUUCGUGUGGCUGAUAAAGGAGGCGACUCGCCUGCUGGAGGCAGAACCGAACUGCCUGGAGCUGAGGGACCCGAUCACGAUCGUGGGGGACAUCCACGGGCAGUACUACGACCUGGUCAAGAUUCUGGAGCUGGGAGGCGACCCGGCCAAGAACAAGUACCUGUUCCUCGGGGACUACGUGGACCGCGGCUCCUUCUCGAUCGAAAACGUGAUGCUGCUGUACGCGAUAAAGGUGUGCCACCCCAAAAGCGUGUUCCUGCUGCGCGGCAACCACGAGUGCCAGCAGAUGACCUCACACUUCAACUUCCGGGAGGAGUGCCUCAGCAAGUUCGACCAGGAGGUGUACCGCCUCAUUCUCGAGUCAUUCAACAGGUUGCCCCUGUGCGCCCUUCUCAAUGGUAAUUUUUUCAAUGUCCAUGGAGGACUCACUCCCAAGCUCAAGACUCUCGGCGACCUUACCAAGGAGUUCAGGCUGGCCGAGCCCACCAAGGACUCCUUGAUUUCGGACAUGCUGUGGGCAGACCCCAACGAGAAAACUGGGAAGUCGGUCCGAGGGUUUUCGUUUAACGAGGUGCGGGGAUGCUCAUACUUUUUCAACGAGGAUGCGGUCAAAUAAUUUCUGAGUACGAACAAGCUGGUAUCAGUGAUCCGUGCCCACGAGGCGCAGCUGGAGGGAUACAAGAUGCACUGGCCCAAGCCGAAGGGACUGCCGCUAGGACUGACAAUUUUCAGUGCUCCAAACUACUGCGACACCUACAACAACAAGGGCGCGCUGAUCCAAUUCAAGAACAACCUGCUGAACAUAAAGCAGUUCAACUAUAGCCACCAUCCCUACCUGCUGCCCAAUUUCAUGAACCUGUUCAGCUGGUCCUUGCCCUUCGUCGCUGAGAAGGUCGGCCAGAUGAUGCUCAGCAUGCUCCGCCUCGAGGAGAGCCCCGAGGAAGCCUCUGAGGUGCAGCUGCCUGACGAGCGAGCCCGCUCCAUCCGCAACAAGAUCAAGGCGGUUUCCCGCAUGCUCAACCUCCACAAGAUCCUCAAGGAGGAGAGCGAAAAGGUCCUGCUCCUGAAGGGCUUCUGCCCUGACAGCAAGAUCCCCUAUGGCGUGCUGCUCGAACGCAACUUCGAGUCCGUACUCGAGCGGUUUGAGCUGGCCCGCAGCCAGGAUAUAACCAAUUAA